CUGGGAAAACUCAGGUCACAGCGAGAAAGACGUGAUAAGGGCUUGGAAAACUUGCCUGUACUCGUAUUUUCGGUGAAUCUGUGUAACUGAUACGAGUAAAUAAUUAGAAAAUAUGACAGGGAUAGGAUAUAAGUCAAUGCCUUCGAGUGCCUCUGGUGUUCCACUGAUUAGGCCAUCAGUUUUCAGACAAGUCACAGAUUUUGCAAAUGUUUUCAAGGCAUUUAUUGGAACCAACUGGAUUGGUCUGCCAUUUGCAUUUAAACAAAGUGGAAUUGUGCUUGGUGUGGUCGGAGUACUUAUAAUUGCACUUAUCACUGAUCACUGUUGUCAGUUGAUUAUCAAGUGCAAGAAAYCUGCUGUCCAAAAGGUCCUGGACAUAGUCCCUCAGUCAAAGGAUGUUGAGGCUCAGAACGUAAAUACAACCCAAAUUCGAAACACUGUUGAGAAACGAAUGCUCUUUGGAGAAAUAGGAAGGAUUGCUCUUGGCAAGUGGGGAGUGCUUCUUGUCAAUGUAGCACUACUUGCCACACAAUAUGGCUUCUGUAUUGGUUAUUUCAUUUUUAUGGGUAACACAAUCACAUCAAUGUUUCCAACAACUACAGAAACUUACACGACUCAUCCCAUUGCUACAACAUCACCAGCAGAACGAAACUCUUCUAAUGGUUCACUGGCUAAUAUGAACAGUUCAACGAUCUUAGUUGGGAGAUCACAUUUGGUUAACCACGCUCCAGCAUUUGGUCUGCUUAUCCUGGUGCCGCUGAUACCGUUGAUACUGUUUUCAUACAUAAGAAGUGUACGUAAACUUGGUCCAGUCAGUUUUGCAGCUAAUGUGGCCCUCCUGGUUGCUUUUGUUUCUGUAGUGGGAUAUAUGUUGAGUGGUUUAAAAUUCAAAUUGAAGGAGCUCAAGCUCUCACACUGGGCUACGUUACCAGUGUUCUUUGGUCAAGUAACCAGUGCUUAUGAGGGUAUUGGAACUUUGAUUCCCAUAGAAACAAGCAUGGCAGAAAACAGAAACCGAUUUCCAUUGUACCUGCACUUUGCCAUUGGGACUCUUUCAGUUAUUCUAGGCUGUUUUGGUAUACUUGGAUAUGUGGUGUAUGGAGAAGAAGUGAACCAGAUUGUCACAGAAAGUUUUCCUUCUGGAGUCCUGAUUCAAGUUGUGCGGUGCUUGCUGUGUUUUGCUAUACUCUUGACGUAUCCACUACAAAUCUUUCCUGUUAUAGAAAUAAUUGAAGGAUGGCUAUUUAGUUCAGAGUGUAACCCAGUGGAGAAGUCAGAUGGUGAAUCAAGCUCAGAAGUUGAAGAUAAUGUGACUUGUCAAAUGUCUCAAGAGGCUAUGCUUGGUUCAGCCAGAGAGACUUCAAGGUUACUUGCACCAGAAAUACCAAAACAGAAAAGCAUUGCAAGGAAAUGGAAGAAAAAUCUACUGAGGACCUUUCUAGUGUUAACUACUGCUGGGAUUGCUAUUGCCUUGAAAGAUGAUUUUGCUUAUGUCAGCGCUAUUGUUGGUUCUAUUGGAAGUUCCACUCUUGGCUUCAUUUUACCUUGUGUAUUUCAUCUUGUACUUUGCAAAGAUUCUAGUACAACACUGACCAGAGUGAAGGACUGCUUAUUUAUUGCCUUUGGAAUCCUUGGAGGAGUGAUAGGUGUGGCAGUCACCAUACAGCAGAUUGUUGAACAGUUCUCGAAGAGUUGAACCAUCAUAUUAUUGUAAAAUUAAAGACAAAAGAUUUCAUAUGUAUGUUAAAUAAUUAGUUUCUAAAACAUUCAUGUUUGGUGUUGUUGGCUAAGUAAGCUCUGUAUGGUAUUUUAGUCGAACCCCCCUCCCUCUUUCUCUCCCAAAAAGGUUAGACCAAUCCAUCAAUCAUCACUUAUAAAAUCAAGUUAGAUCAUUAUUUAUUUAGGGUAAAAAAUUGAUCAGAUUAUAAAAAUUUAUUUCUAAGCCAACUGCAAAAUCCUUAGAAAGUUGUGUAAGGCCACGGCUAAGAACCAGAGUUUAACGUAAUCUAAUACCUGGAUGUCAAGACAUUAGCGCUAGUUUUAGGUUUUUUUAUGAAAGUUCAUGCCAGUGGCUUUUUUACUAAAUUGAGAACAGCUGGCAGAAUGAGGUGCUACUAUUUGGAGCCACAGAUCAGAUAAUGCAUGCUCUAAAAUGAAGCACAAAUUUUAAUUUCAAGUUUGUCAGCGGUAACACAAUUUUAUCUCAUUAGAAUUUUUUACUUACCUUUUGCUUUCAUAUUUUCCUCGAUUUGAAAGUAACUUAGUACAGUCGAACCUCUGGUUGCGACCACCUCUCCUCAGUGACCAGCUUUCCAAAGUACCAAAAGUUUCCAAGUC